AUGGUUCGCCGCGACGACGUACGCGCUGCCGACAUAGAGGUGGUCGACGACGAGCUCGAUACCGAAGACCUCGAGGCAGCCGGCUGCGUCGUCUGCGCGAGUGGAGCGCACCGUCCUCAUCCUCCCGCGCGUCUUCCCGUCACGCUUCCAGCACCUGGCACGCCAGUUCCUUCGGUGGCGGCUCUCGUAGCCGACGCGCGCGCCCUCGCCCAGGAGAAUCGAACGCUUCGGGCUCAGUAUGAGCUUGUGUCAGUGAACAAUGCCGGCUUGGCCGCCCACGCCUCCGUGCUACACGAUCGGAACCUCGCUCUCCUUCGCCAUGCCCGCGAAGGCUAUCGGGCGGGUAUGGUGAUGCUCGAGCAGGCGCGCUUGUCCUGCGAGCGCACUGAGCGGGCCAACUCCGAGCUCGAAGACCGCGUGCUUGGCCUCCGUGACAUGGCGGGCCGUACGGCUGCCGCCGAGACACAACUCCGGGUGUUCAAAGCCUCGUCGGAAGAGGAGUAUCACAACUUGCAGAACCAACUCGCCGCCUCGCAAGCGCAGGUAGCUGACAUGUCUGCACGGCUCGCCGCGGUCCCCGCGGUGGCGGCCCCUGCCUCGACGUCUACGGUCUCUAUGGCGCGGCUGUUCACCGCGCUCGGUGAGCGAGACGACGCGCGUGCUGAGCGCGACGACCUGCGCACUCGGCUGGCCGCUGCGGAAGCUGCCCUCGUCUCCGUCUCGACGCGGCCAUGGCGGGGCGAGGUCGAGCUCGCCAGUCCGCCGUCCGUCGAGAGCGGCAGCGUGACGUCACCCUCGCCGAGCGUGACCAAGCGCGUCGGGACUUCGCGGCGCUCGAGCAGGAGCGCGACGCAGUCAUCGUGGAGCGCGAUCAGGCUCGAUAGGUGUCCCUCGCUCUGGAGCAAACUCGUGGCGCUGCAACCCAGACGGGCUGAAACCGAGUCUACCCAGCGGAUGAACGACCCGUUGCAAGCCGACGUCCGGCGUGUGAAUGCGUUGCUGGUUGCCCACGCCGAGGAGCUCCAGCGCGAGACGGCUCGCAUACGCGAAUUGGAGACGACAGCCGCGACUGCCUCGACGGCACGCGUGGUCGCAGAAGCGAAGACAGCCCGGGCCCAGGCUAAUGAGCUGCAAGCUGUCUCGCGAUCCGGGCAGUAUCGCACCGGCUGGUUAGCCAUGCGGCGUCGGUUGCUGCAGCAGAGCGAUGCGACCGGCGCACACAUCCGCCGUCUGAGCGUCCGCGUCGCCGACCUGGCUGACGAACGCGAUCUAGCGGUCCGGGAGCGGGACGAGCGUGCGAUGGCCUGGAGACGCAUGCUCCGAGACGCGCGUCGGAGCCGAGAGUUUGCACAGCGCGUGCGCGACGACCUGGCCGGCAAACUGGCCAGCUCCGUUUCAUCGCCCUUCUUCCCGCUCGCGUUCUUCGCCGCGUUCACGUUCUCGAUCGACUUCGCGUCCGCGCUCCCGUCCGGCUUCGGCGUCGCGUUCGGUGUCGCCUUCCCGCUCGGCUUCGCGUUCAUCGUCGAGUUCCUCGUCGCGCUCGUCGAAUCGCUCCGUCGGCUCGGCGCGUUCCGCGGGGUCGGCUGCUUCCACUCAUUCGACCCGCUCGCGUCGCCUAGUUCGGCGACUCACUCCGGCGGGCCUGAUGACUCCGACGGCGGCGACUCGUCCUCGUCGUCUUCUGCCCGCUCUUCGUCUUCCAGUUCCGUGUCCAGUGGCUCGGAGGGAGCCGCACCUGUGGUGCCGUUCUUCGUUCCAGUAAUCCCCCCGGCUGGCACGCCUUCGGGUUGGACACAGCGUCGCUAUUUUCCAUGGCCCAAGUCCGUACGUCGUCUUCGGCUCCACACCAUCACGGCUCACGAAUUGCGAGCGCGCUUCUUGCCACCGCGGGGUUGGAUCUGCCCCCGCGCGCCUGUUCCUGAACCGGCGAACUCGAACCGGGCCUUGGUGACACGUGCCAACGUCGACGCGUUGUACGCCACGCGGCCCUGGCGCUACUUGGCUCAGGAAGUGGGGUCGGUGCUGUUCGCGUCGGGCGAUGCCGCGUUCCAGCCGUUCAUGCGUCGACUUCGGCACCACGUCGAGGGCUGGGCACAGGCGUACUGGGAGUCUACUCAUGAGCUCCAUGUGUCUGGCGCUGCGUGGCGGUCGUGGCGUUCAUCUCGGAACUCCCGACGGUCGCACGCAGGCGACCACCUGAACAGUCUCCUCCAGCUGGUGGUCGACUUGUUUCGCCGUGGGCUCGCCGACAUGGACUUGCUUCUGGACCCCGCGGUUCUUCACUUUCCACCGGCGCACUCACGAAUCGGACGGUGGUUUCCGGGACUCCAGCACACGACGCUGCAGGAAGCGCUCGACGACGUUGACGCCCAGGAGCCUUGGCGUCGCUUCUACCGAACGCCGCUCACCGUCGCGCAGAUGGAUGCCAACGUGCGUUGUCGCGUGACGCGUGCCCACCACGCUUACCUCGUGCCUCGCCUUGCAGGCAAGUUCAUCCAGCAGGUUUGA